AUGGGCCGCGAAUCUUUCCUCCGCUUUCUCACCAACCAAUGGCUUACUAUCCCCAAACUCGAGAAGCAAGACCUGUCCGGGGAGACAGUGCUCGUCGUUGGCGCCAACACUGGUCUUGGUCUUGAAGCUGCGAAGCACCUUGCUUGUAUGGGCCCAGGCAAGCUUGUCGUCGCCUGCCGCAGCCAGAAGAAGGGUGAAGAUGCCGCAAAAGAGAUCGAGAAGGCGACUGGUUUCGAUCGUACCACAGCUUAUGCUGUCGAUUUAUCGGUCUUCUCGUCUGUCAACGAGUUCGUUGACGAUUUCGAGAGAAAAAAAGAGCGACUGGACAUCUUAAUCUUCAACGCUGCUGUGGCGGUGCCCAAGCAUCGACUUACUGGCGACGGGUUUGAGGAAACGAUUCAAGUAAACGACAUGUCGUGCGCGCUUCUGUGCAUCGGCCUGCUUCCACUUAUGCUCAAGACUUCGGAAGCUACUCCGACUGCUUCUCACCGACCUCGCAUCACGGUUGUGACGAGCCAGACGCACUUGUACACUCACCCCACUCCUGAGGAGCUCUCUAGCCCAAACUACUUGACGAAAAUAAACUCUGCCGAGCACUGCAACCGUCCUGGAGUCAUGGAAUCCCGCUAUCCGUUGUCCAAACUUCUCAACGUCCUCUUCGUUCGCGAACUGGCGGCUCGUGUGCCCGCUUCGAAGGUCGUAAUCAACUGUGUCAACCCAGGCUUCUGCUACUCAGGCCUACGUCGUAAUGCGGGAUUCAAGAUGGGCACGCUCAUGGCCAUCAUGGAUGUUGUCUUAGGUAAUACGACCGAGCAGGGCGGAAGACGCAUUGCGUGGGCUGCGAUCGCCCAUCGGAACUGCGAGACGCUCAUGCAUGGAAGAUAUACGUCGUACAUGGAGAUCGUGGAGGAAAGUGACUGGUCUCUGUCGACGGAAGGCUUUGUGGUUCAGCACCGUAUCUGGGAUGAAAUGUCCGACAUCCUCAAAGGAGUUUCCGCCAAAUUCUCACAAGUUCUGAGCACCGAGCUGCAGUGA